AUGAUUCUAUUUAUUGUGAAAAUUCUUUUUCUUCAUAUUAUCUGCUCAAGAACACAAGAUAUAACUAAUAUUCGAUAUGAUUCUUUAUUAUCAGCUCAGUGUAAAGCUCGAUGUUUAUAUGAAUAUCGAAAUUAUCAACAACAACAACAGCGAACAUUAUCAUCGAUGUUGAUUAAUCGAAAAACAAAACGACUAUUGACAACAAAUGUAUUGAGAUUACCAUGGCGAUCGAUCUGGGAGCGUUGUCCACGCCUCAUCACAUGUAGUUCGUGUCUUCUCCCAUGUGACUUAGAUCCGCCACUUCUAUUAUCCAAUAAACAAAGUUGUCAAGCAAUCUGUUCUGCAUUAAAAAUUGUAGAAUGUGAACAAAGUUGUAUAUUUAUUCAAAGUCUUUAUCAACAGCAAGCUAAUUGUUUGACAGGUAAUUGUCACUUAUGCUCAUCGUCAAAUGAUUGUUCGAAAAAAAUUCCUCAGCCAUAUAAUGUUACAGCUAUAGAACGAAAAAGUCGACGAACAGUUCGAUUAAAAUGGAAUUCUCAUCAUAUGAUAAAUAUGGAACCAAUUUUUUAUGUUAUUGAAGCACAAUGGAUAUUACCACAAACUGAUGUUAAUCAAUAUGAACUUGUUUCAAAAUGGGGUUUUGUUAAAGAAGAAGUUUCACAUGCAAAAGCAAUUAUAAGAAAUAUUCAACGUGAUAAUCGAUGGUAUAAAUUUCGUGUUGCUGCUGUUACAAGAUAUGGAUAUUCGCCAUUUUCAAUAUCAACGAAACCUUUUCGUUUAACAAAUCAAUCUCAUACAUUAUCAUCAAUGAUAGAUCCACCAAGAAAUUUUUCAAUAAAAGAAUAUCAAUUAAAUUCAAAUACUAUGAAUAUUACUCUUAUUUGGCUAAAACCAGAUUUUCCAGUACAUGGAUAUCAGGUGUGGUAA